AUGAUGAGGCAUGCUGCCGUGUGGAUGGGCUUCGCGUGCGCGGCUGAUGUCAUGGCGCAUGGACCUAGGAGGGGGGCUAAUGAACUCGAGAGGGCGGGAAUGGAAGGACGGGAGGGACCGAAUGGACGUGAAAAGUGCCGGUCUGACUCACGACUAUAUUCUUUCUCUCCGGAGACAAAGGAGAAGCUGCGAAAGUUCCGCCUGGGCACAUCCAGAGCCAAGGAUGCGCAAGCCAUCAUCUAUAUCAUUGAUGCAAAGACCCAGGAGAUUCGGCCGGAAGACGAUGAAAUCUAUUCCAAGCUGGAGGAUCUAGCAGAUGAACUCCCCGAGUCCUCACCACGAUUCAUUCUACUCAGCUACCCAUUGAUCACGAAGGACGGGCGCCCCUCAGUCCCUUACGUUCUCCUCUACUGGCUCCCAGAAAAUUGCAACCCGAUGCAGCGCAUGUCAUACGCCAACGCAGUGGAACUAAUGCGCACAAGCGCGCAAGUCAACAGAGUGAUCGAGGUGGAGACGGACGACGAUAUCAUCGACAUUAAGGACAAGCUGACUGGAUCGGGCUAA